AUGUCAUCAACUACGACAAGUACAAUAACCACGAAGGCCGCAGCAGCCGUAGGGCUUGCGGUAGAAACCACGGGCCCGCCGGAGCCAUCUCUCAUGCACCGUUCACUACGAAGCCGUCCAGUCAGUGUCCAGUCGGGAUCCGGAAUAUAUCUCAACCUUUGGAACGGACGGAGAGUUCUCGAUGGGUGCGCUGGAGCAGCUGUGGCCAUUCUGGGACAUGGCCAUCCAGCGGUGCAGGCUGCAAUUGUCGAGCAGGUCGCCAAGGUCUCAUACGUCCACACCGCAAAGUAUACGACGGACAGUGCUGAAGACCUGGCGGACCUCAUUCUCGGCACACGUCCGUUCGGGUUGAGCAAGGCUUACUUUGUUGGGUCCGGCAGUGAGGCCAUGGACUCGGCGAUGAAGCUCGCUCGACAGUUUCACUAUGAGAGAGGUGAGACGCACAGGACAAAAUGGGUAGCCAGGCGGCAGGCCUACCAUGGAAACACCGUAGGUGCCAUGAGUGUCAGCUCCAAUCGAGCCCGCCGAGUGCCCUAUGAGGAUUCCUUGCUGCUGGGAGGAGUGAGUUUCGUUGACCCAGCAAACUCAUACCGGGGCCAACUCGCCACAGAAACGGAAGAGCAGUUUGUGGAGCGACUCAUCAAAGAACUGGACGAAGAGUUCCGGCGGAUCGGUCCCCGCUCAGUCAUCGCGUUCAUUGCAGAGACCGUAGGAGGUGCUACAGGCGGUUGCGUCACUGCCCCGAAAGGCUACUUCGAACGGGUCAGGAAGCUCUGCGACGAGUAUGGGAUCCUGUUGAUCCUGGAUGAAGUCAUGUGUGGCUCAGGCCGGACAGGAUCAUACUUCGCGUUUGAGCACGAGGGAGACGUGGUACCGGAUAUCGUCACGGUUGGAAAGGGCCUGGGUGGAGGGUAUGCACCAAUCGCCGGGAUAUACAUCCACGACAAAGUAGUGCACGCGCUGAGGCAAGGCAGCGCAGCCUACAACCAUGGUCAUACCUAUCAGGCACACCCCGUCAGCUGUGCUGCGGCUCUGGCUACACAGCAAGUUGUCAAAAGCUUGGGCUUGGUGGAGGCAUGCGCCGAGAAAGGCAUGAUUCUAGGGGCGCUCCUGCGGGAUCGCCUGGGCGAGAAAAAGUACGUAGGAGAUGUGAGAGGACGUGGCCUAUUCUGGGCCGUGGAAUUCGUGGAAGACAAGGCCACCAAGAAACCUCUGGAUCUUUCUGUUGGAUUCAGCGGCAGGUUGCAGCAAGAAUGCUUUGAUCUCGGCCUUGACAUCUAUCCUGGGCAGGGUACCGUUGACGGGAUCGUUGGUGAUCAUAUCCUACUUACGCCACCACUAACAAUCACCCCGGAUCAGUUGCAAAGCAUGGUCGACAUCCUGUCUAAUGCCUACGACACCUUGGAAGACCAGUUGGGAGCUACCAGUUGA